AACCGACGCGGGACUAGACGGACGGAAGCUGCGCAGCAAUGGCGGCCACCGAAAACAGUGUGGAGCUGAAGCGAAAAGCGGACGAUGUCCAGGAGGCGGACAGAGGCGCGGAUGGAGACGGAGAAGACGCAGACUGGGUCGGACCGAUGCCCAGCGAAGCCACGAAGGCGAAGAAAAGAAAAGUGCUGGAGUUUGAGCGCGUCUACCUGGACAACCUCCCGUCAGCUGCCAUGUAUGAGCGCAGCUACAUGCACAGAGACGUCAUCACGCACCUGGUCUGUUCCAAGACCGACUUCAUCAUCACCACCAGCCAGGAUGGCCAUGUGAAAUUUUGGAAGAAGAAGGAGGACGAAGGAAUUGAGUUUGUGAAACACUUUCGGAGUCAUCUCGGCGUGAUCGAGAGCAUUUCGGUUAGCGCUGAAGGAGCUCUCUUCUGCUCCGUGGGUGACGAUCAGGCCAUGAAGGUCUUCGAUGUGGUCAACUUUGACAUGAUCAACAUGCUGAAGCUGGGGUUUCACCCGGGCCAGUGCGAGUGGAUCUACAAUCCCGGCGAUGCCAUUUGCACCGUGGCGUGCUCAGAAAAACCCACGGGGAAGAUCUUCGUGUACGACGGACGGGGGAGCAACGAGCCCCUUCACGUCUUCGACAAGUUACACUCCUCCCCCCUCACCCAAAUCCGCUUGAACCCUAAGUUCCGCGUCAUCGUGUCAGCCGACAAGGCGGGGAUGCUGGAAUACUGGACGGGCCUGCGGAGUGAAUUUAAGUUCCCCAAGCACGUGGCCUGGGAGUACAAAACGGACACGGACCUGUACGAAUUCGCCAAGCACAAAACCUACCCCGUCAGCCUGGCCUUCUCCCCCGACGGGAAGAAAAUGGCUACCAUAGCGUCCGACAGGAAAGUGAGGAUCUUCCGCUUCCUGACGGGGAAGCUGAUGAGAGUGUUCGACGAGUCGCUGACGAUGUUCACGGAGCUGCAGCAGAUGAGGCAGCAGCUGCCGGACAUGGAGUUCGGGAGGCGGAUGGCCCAGGAGCGAGAGCUGGAGAAGGUGGACGCCGUGCGGCUGACAAAUAUCAUCUUCGACGAGACGGGCCACUUCGUGCUGUAUGGGACCAUGCUGGGCAUCAAAGUCAUUAACGUGGAAACCAACAGGUGCGUGCGCAUCCUUGGGAAGCAGGAGAACAUCCGCGUGGUCCAGCUGUGCCUGUUCCAGGGGGUUGCGAAGGCCAUGGAGGUGGCCCCCACCAUAGAGAUGAAGGCCUCCGACAACCCCGCUUUACAGAACGUGGAGCCUGACCCGACCAUCUUCUGCAGCGCCUUCAAGAAGAACCGCUUCUACAUGUUCACAAAAAGAGAACCAGAAGACACAAAGAGCGCCGACUCGGACCGAGACAUCUUUAACGAGAAGCCUUCCAAGGAGGAGGUGAUGGCUGCCACUCAGGCCGAGGGUCCGAAGCGAGUGUCGGACAGCGCCAUCAUCCACACCACCAUGGGAGACGUCCAUCUGAAGCUCUUCCCUGUGGAGUGUCCCAAAACCGUGGAGAACUUCUGCGUUCACAGCAGGAACGGUUACUACAACAAUCACAUUUUCCACAGGGUUAUUAAGAGCUUCAUGAUCCAGACCGGAGACCCCACCGGCACCGGCAUGGGGGGAGAGAGCAUCUGGGGAGGCGAGUUCGAGGAUGAGUUCCACUCCACGCUGAGGCACGACCGCCCAUACACGCUCAGCAUGGCCAACGGAGGCGCCGGCACCAACGGCUCGCAGUUUUUCAUCACGGUGGUACCCACGCCGUGGCUCGACAACAAGCACACCGUGUUUGGACGGGUCACCAAAGGGAUGGAGGUGGUCCAGAGGAUCUCCAACGCCAAAGUUAACCCCAAGACGGACAAACCGUACGAGGACAUCAGCAUCAUCAACAUCACCAUAAAGUGACUCCGCAUCAUUUUCACCCACUUAUUAAAGACAUCUUUGGAUCGUACCCGUC